UCCCGUAACUUCCGUGAAUAGAUAAAUAGAGUCCUAAAUUACUUUAAAUGGAGCUCCAGGAAAGAGUAGCGGUUCCGAUUUUCACUGAAGUGGACCGGGAUGUGUUUCUGAACGAGGUUUAUCCCGGGCGCAGCCCGGCGGUCCUGCGGGGCGUGGAUCUGGGCCCGUGUGUGGACAGGUGGACGGUUGAAUACCUGGCGAUGAAAGGAGGUCAGAGGGAGGUGAAGAUCCACGUCUCCUCCGUACCUCAGAUGGAUUUUCUUCAUAAAAACUUCAUCUACAGGACUCUGCCGUUUGAUGAGUUCGUCAAAAAAGCAGCUGAGACCAAACACUCUGACUUCUUCCUGGCUGAGGUAGGAUCGGAUCAGCUGGAUUUACUGCGGAUCGUUUUCCUUCACUGGGAUAAACUCCUGGCUUUGGGGUUUCAGGAGGAGAGCUACUACCUGCGCUCACUGGGAGAGGACGUCCGGAAGGAACCCGCUGACCUGAGCAGACAAUUCCCGGACCUGGCUGAGGACUUUCACACGCCGCGGUACUUUGAGCCGGACCGGUUCUUCUCCAGUGUUUUCCGGAUCAGCUCCUGUGGUCUGCAGCUGUGGACCCACUAUGACGUGAUGGACAACCUGCUGGCUCAGGUCACAGGAAGGAAGAGGGUCGCCCUCUACAGGCCCCAGGAUGCAUUGCACCUCUACCUCAACGGUGACAAAUCAGAGGUUCUGGACAUCGAUGCUCCAGAUCUGAAACGGUUUCCUGAGUUCAUAAAAGCCAAGAGAUACGACUGCGUUCUGGAGCCUGGAGAUCUGCUUUUCAUUCCUGCGCUGUGGUUCCAUAACACCCUCGCUCUGCACUUUGGAGUCGGCGUUAACGUCUUCUGGCGCCACCUGCCUGCAGACGCGUACGACAAGAAGGACCCGUACGGCAACAAAGACCCGGUGGCCGCUGCUCGGGCGCUGCAGACUCUGGAGAGGGCGCUGCACGCUCUGGACGAGCUUCCGGCGGAGUACCGGGACUUCUACGGCCGGCGGAUGGUCCAACGCAUCCAGAACCGGACUUACUGCCACAAUCCAGAGUCAGAAACUACAUUACCCAGAAGUCUGUCCCACAAACCUGGACGAGUGUCUAAAGAUCUAUGAAGCAACGGAAACAGAGAACAUCAGUUAUUUCUUUGUAUAAAUGUUGGUAAAGUUUCACUUCUUGGUUUAAUUUAUUCAGAAUAAACAAAUUUGUCUGGAAAAAAGACAAAAACAUCAAGAAAUAAGAAAUUGUUUUACUUCUGUCUCUUCUUGAAAGUUCUCUAAAUAGCUGUUGGACCAGAGAAUUAAAACAUUUUCAUCAGAUCAA